UCUGAAUUCAUUAUCGGAUUGAUAUCAAGCCAUGUGAUUUCCUGCCGACGAUCCCUUCAACUCCAAGAAGAUCAAGAUUUUCACUACUCUCUGAAUCAAGAAUUUAAUUAAUAUCAUUGUCACCUUCAAGAUGUUCAACUGGACAGAAUUCAAUAAAUGUCUCCCAUCUACUGACGACUCUGCUGUUGUUGGUGGUGCUGUCGGUGGCGCUGGUUGCGGCGAUGGCGACGAUGGCGACGAUGAACUAUUUCUUCCUCCGGUCCCAAAUCGAAAUGAAAGUCAUCACAUCAUUGACGAGAAAUUGACUUUGACUAGUAAAUGCCAAGUUGUGCUAAUAGAGGAGCCUUUAGGUCCACAGGACACCUUGAAACUUCAAAGUAUCGUCCAACAAGCAGCCUCCGACCAGCCAGCCAUUCAACGUAAUGCGAUCAACGAGAUAGUUCAACUCGUCUCGUGGCGACGACAAACUCCUCCCCCGAUCGAUGCCCUCAUCUCUUGUGGAGUUUUGCCCGUCCUCAUGAAAUGUUUGGGGGUGUGGGAAAACCCCGCCCUCCAAUACGAGGCAGCCUGGGCUAUCACCAAUAUCGCUUCUGGAACAACCCCUCAAACCCACGCUGUCGCCCAAUCCGGCGCCAUCACCCCACUCAUCACUCUCCUCUCCUCAGAUAAAGAAAACAUCCGUGAACAAGCGAUCUGGGCGCUGGGCAAUAUCAUCGGGGAUGGUCCAUUCCUACGGGAUUUUGCCGUUUCCGCCGGCGUGGUUGGUCCCCUACUCUCCUUCGUGCGGCCCGGCGUGCCCACCUACUUUCUACAUAGGGUCAUCUGGGUCAUUCUCAACCUGUGUCGACGUCACUCUUCCGACACCUUCAAUUCACCACCACCUGCCUAUUUGAAAGACGUUCUAGCUGCCCUCGCCAUGCUCCUGUAUCAUCCAGACAUCGACAUUCUCACCGACUCCAUUUGGGCCAUCAGCUGCUUGACGGAUGGUGGAACCCACAAAAUUCAGUUGGUCAUUGAGUCCGGCGUUCUGCCCCAAUUGGUCUCCCUCUUGUCCAAUUCGGUCGCAAAGGUGCAGGCCGCCGCGAUGCGGGCGCUCGUAAAUCUCGCCACGGAUGGGACCGAAGCUCAACAAGGAGCUGUACUGGAUUGCGGCGUCUUGCCAAACUUUCAUCAGUUGCUGCUCCACAAGAAAAACCACAUUUGCAAGAACGCCCUCCUCUUUUUGAGCAAUGUGACAAGCGCUGCGGAAUGCGAGGCGAGAAUCCAGGAAAUUUUGAAUAUGGGGUUGAUGCCGGCGAUUAUUCCACAUUUGGAAAAGGCCUCGUUCCCCCAAGGGGCCGCCUUUAUCGUGACGAACAUGAUGGUGAAAGGAAACAAGGACCAGCUCGUUUGUUUAGCCUCGUACCGGAUUAUUGGGCCAUUUUGUAAAGGACUUUCUUUCACAGAUGAGCAGCUGAUUGAAACGAUGCUGUUUGGCAUACUGACGAUGUUAAGAACGCUCGCGAACUAUGGUCGUAGCCACGUUGUAGACGCUAUUCGCCAUGAGCUGCGAGAAUGUGGCGGAUUUGAUAGGAUUCGUGGAUAUGCAACGGUCCACGGCAUUUACCAAUCGGCGUAUCAAAUCGUUUCGGAAUUUUUUCCACAAAAUGACGAGGAGAACAAUAACAAUAUCCUCGUCGAUGAUCGGAAGAACCAUUUCGGUCAGCCAGACAUUACAGAUAUGGAAUGAAACAGGACUUCUCCGAUAAAAUUGGUUGAAAAGAAAAUCAAUUGUAUUAAGGCUUAUCAAGAUUAUUAACAUAUUAACAUUCAGAUUGUUGGUGACGAAAUAUGUGUCAAUAUUUACCACUUUUAUAUGAACUUUUGUUGCAAAUCAAAUGUGAACUUCAAUUUAUUAUGAAAUAUAUGUCUCAAGGUUAGUUUGUUAUAAAAUAUGCCACAAUUUUGCACUCGUCCUUCUUUGUUAUAAUGACGAUAACCACAUUCUCAAUAAAAGUGUACCGAGGAGCAUAAUAAUUUUCCAUUGUGGAGCAGGAUUUUCAACAUAAAUUAAA